CAUUCAUUUCGUUUGUCAUAUCGGAAAAUGAGUUCAAAGCGUCAAGUCGUCGUCGUCGUAGCAGGCCAUUUAACUCGGAUUUAGCUCUCGCUGUUGCGUGUGUGUUUUGUGGCCACUUUUUUCACUCUCGGUGCAAGCGCAAAAUUUUGCUGGAAAAAAUAAUUUCCAGCGACCAUCCGGAUCCAGGAUUCGAAUCCGGAUUGCUGCCAGGAUGUCAUCCGCAAGGGAAAGUGGUUGAAAUCGGUUGUGCUUGUUAGUGAUUUCGUACAAGGGCACAGCACCAGUUGGGAGAAAAAAAAUAUUGUUCGAUUUUGUGCGGAUUUUUUUCCUCCACUCUUUUUCGUAUAUUUAAAACGCUAGUGAAUGGCCGCGCGAGUGGUCGUGGCGGAUUACGGAGUCCCAGGACGGCAUCGGGGCAUUGAGACGAGGGGAAGGCUGAAGUUAAUGAGUUGUGCAAGCAGCAGCAGCGAAUGAAAUCUGUGAAGAAAUCGAAACAGCAGCAAGAAAAAAUGUAUUUUGUACCGAGGAAAUACUGCUCCGAAUUGGGACAGGUGUUACGAAAAAGGCAAAUAAGUGCAUAUUUAGCGUGAAGGGCGAGUAAGCACGGUCCGAAGAUUGCUUUGAGUGCCAAGACAAAGCACAAAACUGUAAAAGAAUUUUAAUUUGAGUGAUUGAAAAAGUAGUAUUGAAGGCAAAUAUCCUUACAACUGUGUGAAAAUUACCGAAUGGCCUACUUUGCUAAUGUAAUAAGAAGGGCAGCUGUGAGUAGUAGAUCAAAUAAGGCUGCACAAGGAAGUCCGAAAAAAUGAAAAUCGUGGAUCGUAGAGCUCGGCGAUAAAAAGAAAUAUUAUUGCACUGUCGAAAUGGCCGCUCCAAACGGUGAUGCGGCCAUGCGUGGUAUGGUCGGUAUCGGUGGCCCAUCUUCCUUAGUUCCUGGCCCCAACAGUAGCACCACCAUUCGACAGCAGGUCGUACAUCACCAGCAACUGCAGCCGCCGCCGGCACCGCCACAGCAUCACCCUCCCAUGCCGAACCACAUCCAGCAGCUCCAGAAUCUAACGACGGCAGGAGGAGCCCACAACUCAACCGUCGUCCUCCACAAUGCCAUACAUCAACAGCAGCAACAUCGGAUCCAGCAGCAUCUGCCGCCGCCAAGACAGCAGCUGUUUCAUCAUCAACAUCAACAACAGCAACAGCAUAAGAUUUCCCAGUUUAGUGGGAAUAUUAAUAAUUUGGUGUUUGCUGCUAGUGUCGAAAAUGCUUCCGCGAGUUGUGAGAUGAAUCUGGCACGAAGUGGCCUAAGUGGUGGGCGGGAAGGAAGUAACGUGGUUGUAAAUAUAGCUAGUGUAAAUCCGUUGGGAGAGAAUAGUGGAAGUACAGCAAGUAGCAAUAGUACUAGUAUCAAUCCUGUUGUAAACAGGAUAGCAAGCACAAGUGUUGGUCACAUUCCAGUGGAAAAUGUUCAAGUGUUGCAGCAACACCAGCAGCUGAACGAGACUUCGUCGAAAACUUCCUCGGCCACAAUGUCACCACGUGCCGCCACCAACGUGGCACCCGGCUGGAGAAGGAUCAAGUACAACUGCGAGAUUAUCUACAUAAGUCCUUCCGGUGCGCCGCUCCGAAAUUUCAACCAGGUGAAGGAAUACCUCCUGAGUGGUGGCACUUGCAAGUGUGGUCUUCCAUGUCCCUUUCGUCCGGAGGCGUUUUUCGAGUUUGACUCACAGGUUCCUAAUGCGUCUUUGGAUAGCAACUUACCUCACAACUUCUGUCUGCAUCACACUGGAUACAUGGAAAAAGUGGAAAUAGUGCGUAGAGGGAAGAAAGUUAUAGAGUCCGAUGGGAGUUCGUCAAAAGAUGUACUGUCGUUGUCUGAAGGGGCUACUAACUUCACGCACCAUGCGACUCAUGACAUGAGAUUACCGGUUCCCGCCAAAACCAAGCUAAUCGCAAACGACGGAACAAAUUCUUCCAAUACACCAUCUAGUGUGUUAAACCACGGACCGUCUGCCGUACCACACCAGGUUCUACUCCAGUCGGACAAAGAAAUAUCCAGUAUUCCACUGUCGAAGACGCCACCAUGGCGAAAAAACAAUCCCUCAUCGGCUUCCAAACCAAAUCCGUCAGCGGUUCCAGUUGUGCUGGCCCCGCGACAAAUGCAUUCGUCUUCAGUGUUAGUGCCAGGCAAAACAUCCGUACAAAGUGUUAAUCAAAACGAGCAGAUAGUCAAAAAUAGUAGAAUAAUUAACGAGCCUCUGGCUCCAAGUGAUUGGCCGACGGAGGAGGGGGAAGAACAAAGUGAAAAGUACAACCAAAAACGGCCCAACUUUAAGGACGAUCCGACAGGUUACCUGAACCAGCAGACAGCCAUUCUACACAGUUCGAUAUCCACCUUGCACAGUCCGGACGGAUCGUCUUCGUCACAGGAGGGAGCAACCCACCUCAAAACUGUCGUCGGUUACGAUUCUGGAGAACCCGAGACGUCGCAAACGGAUCGUGGCAGCGGUGAUGACAGCACAUCGACGACCUCGACGACGCUUGGUGGUCAAACGGUAACGCAUAUAGCAAAUGGCAUGGUCCAGGUGCAACAGAACUGUGAUAUUAGUCAUAUGAAACUACAGCAGCAAAUGCAGUUCCAGCAGCAGCUUCAACGUCAAAGCCAGUUGGUUCGACAACAUCACGAGCAGCUUCAGCUUUUGCAACAGCAGCAAAGUAGUGAGAGUGCGUCGAAAAAUGUUAAUGUGAGAUUUGUGACAACCGCGCAGGAAUCUCCAGUACCGUGUAACAACGUCACAUUUACAACUAGCCGAACUCCGGAUGUUACCUCUACUUCUCCGAGCACGCCCGAUCUUAAAGGACCCGUGCAGGGAGGAGCGGUUUCGACCAGCAAUCGAAGCCCGAUGCUCCAGGGUAACCUUAUAAUGGCACGAGCAGAAUCUCCAGAAACCUUUACCAAUCGGAAUCUUGUUCAGAGUCCAGUCGACAUCGGGAUGCCCAAGAACCAAAGUAUUAGUAACAAUAGUAAUGCUGCUUACGGUGGAAAUGCACCGGUUCCUCGUCAUAUAAUUGCGGCUAAACCUUUAUCUGGUUUGAGUUCUGUUGAAAACAAAAUGAUCAAGAGUACUUCUAUCAGAGAAAAUGAUACAGGAGUGGAAACUUCAACUGGAGCUGUUUUGAAAACGGAAAAGGUGUUGAUACAUAAUUCCGGUUCUUCAACUGUUGUUGGCUUUAACCAGCAGGGACAAAUGAUCACUCAACAGCAGCCACAACAGCAUCAGCAGCAUCAGCAAGUCCUCAUGACGUCGAAUGGACAGAUCAUCUUGAUGUCCGCACAGCCGAACAAAAAUCCCAACACAAUCGUGAUGGGCGGCAAUUCAAAUAAUCCUGGUGGCGGUGGAGGAGCAUCAAUUUCGCCUAAUGUGAUUAUCCCUCAACAGUCUAUGAUGGGCGUAAAUACUUCGCAAUAUAUAAGCACGGGCUCGUCUGGUAAUACGGUUUCGACUGUGACCACAAAUGCAGGCUCGAAUAGCAGUGGAAUUAUGCACAACAUCACGCAACAUCCCCAGCAGUCAAACAUUAUUCAUCACUCGCAAUCAAAUGCAAAUUCCAGCUUCUUGAUCAACCCGCAAAACAAUAUGCAACCGACUGUGAUAUUGAAUAAUGGCAACGUUAUUCAGUCCGGAGGGCAGCAAAUUUUGACGGCGGCCAACGGUUCCCAAAUGAUACACUCUGGAAACGUGCUGACGACGGCAGCGGCUUCAGGACCGAAAAUGAUUUCUGGCAAUGGAAACGCUGGCAUAAUUACCAAUCAGUCCAACAUCAAUCAAUUACUCAGCCUUCCGCCGAACAGCAUUGUCAUACAACAGCCUAAUUACAAUUCCAUGCCAGAGGGUGGUGGCCAUAUAGUAAAUCAGGUUAUCAACCAAGACGGAACUACGACUUCGUACAUCCAGCAGCAGCAGCAGCAAAACCCGCAGCGGCAAAUUCUGAUAUCCACCGACGCAAAACGUAAGGAAAAGCGAAAAAGCACCGGUUCCACAAAUCCAAUGCUAUCACCACAGCAGCAACCACAACCACAGCAAACCUCAACGGUAACGCAACAAACGCUUCAGCAGAUCGGUCAGUCCGGAACCAUGCUCCAGCUUACCCCACCGUUUCCAACGCAAAGUUUUCAGCUGAGUCAGGGAAUCUCCGGUCUCACGAUAGUUCCGAACAAGAAUUCGCAACCACCGCAGCAGCAGCAACAGCAAAUUCUUCUUCAAAAUGGACAGAUCAUCACCCAGCCGUACAACAUAAUCAGUCAACAGGUUCUUCUUCCCGCCGGCCUAAUGAUGGCACCGGACGCCACAACUCUAGUCCAAAUUCAGAACGUAGGGGCACCAUGUGGCACAAUAAUCAACACUCCACAGGGCAUGAUGAUCCGCGCCCAAAGUCCACAUCAACAGAAAAGCUUUCUCUCGCCCGGCUCUGGUCAGCAGUUUAUAAUGAACAGCAGUGGUCAGAUCAGUCCGAUGGGAGCGCAAAUGUACGGAGGGCCGGUCAACAUCGUUGUUCCGCAGCAGCAGGCUGGUACUGCGUCCUUCGUCCAGCAGGGCACGGGCAUCAUCCAGCAAUCGCAACCCUCGCACAUGAUCCAUCAUCAAGCGGGUGGCAGCAGUGCCAGUUUGAACACCAGCACGGACAGUAGCAGUACGGCCAGCGAGAGUCCCUCCUUGCCCACCACUCCCCAGCCGGCGCCAAUCGUGCAGCAAAAGAGCCUAACAUCGUCCUACCUGUCGGGAACGGCAUCGCCGCCGGAUACGACCACCCACAGCCCAAAUAGUCCGGAGUGUGCGUCGAGCGAGAAGAGUGGUGGAAGUGCGGACAGCAUGAGCAUGGCUAUGGUGCAGUGUGUAUCGAGUUCGGAACCUGAUUUUGUACCCCCAAGUAUGGCAGAAGGAGCUCAGUCUCCUUCGGAGGCGACAGAGAUGUUUGAGCAAGGAGGUUUAUCAUAUCAGCGAAUCGCUUACAAAUCCUCAGAACCCAAAAUCAGACGCAUCCAAACACCCACCCAUCAGCCACAAUCGUUUACAGUUCGUAGCACCGGUUCAAUGCACGAAAGCAGCCAGCACUCGGGAAAUACUAUCAUUAGCACGAGCUUGCCGUCACCCCAGAUUAACCAGCACCAGCAGCAGCAAUUUCAAAACCAUAUCUUACGCCAUCAGCAAAACCACCAGCAGCAGCAGCAGCAGCAGAUUGUCACAAUGUCCCAGGCCGGUAGCCCCUCGACGUCCGGUGGCGUCCAACCCGAUUCUCACGCCCAUUCAAAUACAGGUCCAAACGAAAGUGCCCUCCUUUCUCCCACAAACUCCACCAGCAGCAACAGUAACGGCGUAACGGCCGAAACCUCCUUCGUGAAGUCCGUCGUCAACGUCGGCGAUCUGGUGUGGGGAGCCGUCCGGGGCUUUCCGGCGUGGCCGGGGAAGGUGGUUGAACCGCCCCCGGACGAUGAGCACCGUCGCCGCCGCCAGAUUCCGGUCGACUGCGUGUGGGUUCGCUGGUUCGGAGGCCGCCCGAACGCGGAGGUUGUCGCCGUGAACGGGCUGAAGACGUUGUCCGAGGGACUCGAGGCCCACCACCGGGCUCAGAAGGAUGCGAGAAAGGGACGAAAGCUGAACUCACAACUGGAGCGAGCGAUUCAAGAAGCGAUGAUGGAGCUGGACCGAUCUUCCGAAACCUCAUCCCCGUUGCCUGCGCAGGCAGCAGUCAACUCGACGAGUUCCGCCGUGAUCAAGACGAAAACGAUCACAAUUAAGGCCUCUCCUACGAGCAGCACCAGCACCAUAUCCAUACCACACCCCAUCAGCAAUAGCAGCAGCAGCAGUCAGCAAUUGAUUACUACCCCGCCCAACAACAACAACAACGGCAACAAUAAAACAGUAAAACCUCGUGGGCCUAAAUCAAAACUUGUUAAAAUAGCUCCGGCGCCGCCGGUCAACGCCACGGAACCGAUGCUAGGCAGUGGGUCGUCAAACAGUAGCAACGUUACUCUGGAAACCAAUAGGGUAAAGUUGAAAUGAAACGCGGCCGAGGAGGAUAGUCUAAGGCCCAAGCAGUUUCUUUUGCUGUUUCCGUAAAGUCUAUCCUUCUGUCGAUACACAGGCAGCCAUUUUACACAAUAGGAGAGCAAAUCUGUGAGAUUUCGAACGUAGACUUUUAAUGUGAUGAAUGUAUGUUCUUCAGGUUUUCUGUGAACUAAGCAGUCACUUUACCCUUCGAUUGGCUAUGCAAAUUUGAUUCUUAAUUAGUGUUUUCACUAAAAAAUUCAAAUAAUUUUUAUUCACAAUUAAAUUUUUACUACCCAUUGGAGUUGAUAAAAUAUUACGUUCAGAGAUUUUCGGGAUUUCAGACUCAUUUCUGAGUAGGUUCGAUUUGACAAAAACUGAGGGAUUUUGAACGUGCGUGUAGAAAUACCAGAAACCCAAAAUUGAGUCCCUGCAAUCAGGAAAGUCUACAUGUCUCUGCAAUCGGGGUAAUCAUUUUUGACAAGUAUUUCGAGGCACUCACCUACAGAUAUCAUGUCUCUUGUAGAUGUUUCGAAAUCGUUUCGAUUUGACGACUCAGAUGAUUCGAUUGACAAUGAGAGAGUGAUGAGUGCUCAUUGAACCGCUUGAUUUUCACAAUAUGGUAAAAUGAUCAGAAUUGUGUAGAGACUUAUUAAGACGAAUCAAUAAUUUAAAAUAGUUUAUUCGAUCAUGAAACAGAAUAUUUUCAAUGUCCUCUUAAAUCAAAGAAAAAAUGUAUAUCCAAAACCAGUAAGUGAAUCUCAAAGAAGUGCUCACAACAGGAGCUUUUAUAUUGGACACAAAAAUCAGUAUAUAUACAAUCAAAAUAAAUCCAACAGAUAGAUACAAACAGUGAAACCCACACACCCACAUCCAGCAGACAAUAAACCAGCAGAAGCAAACCUCUUCUUCAUGGCAGAGAGUUUUAAAACGAAGCAUUUGCUAUCGAAUGUACUCAACCAUUUUACUACAACAAUGAUGAACCGAUAUUGAUGUUUUACGCCCAGCAACACAUAUAGAGCAAAUUUAAAACAAUGUAACAAGCUAUUUAUGAAUGUUUUGCGCUAAGCCGCAUACAUGUUUCACUUAACGAAAAUUAAGCCCCCAAAAAGGGUUUAUCAAUAAAGUAUUGGACCGAUCGAAUCGCAGAGGUGUUUGAGUGAGCGUUUCGAGUGGAUUGGAAAGCGUAAAUCAAUUCUUGUUACACAUUUUAGUAUUAUUUUCGGUAAAAUUGUUCAAGCUCUAACAAUAAUGCAAACAUAAAUCCAUAAGAAGCAACUGCAUCGGAGAAUUGUUGAUCGAUUUGUAGAGUUAAUUUAUGAUUUGUGUCUAGGUUCGUUAAACUAUUGCUAACAAAUGGAAACAUCACAACCGAAAAUCUUAACUAUCUGAUGUGAAUGUCAUGUUUUAGUAUAAGUGUUGCGCGGACGGAUUCGAAGCAGAAUAUAAAAAAAUACGCUGGUUUGGGCUGUUUGAAAAUAAGAACUGUUUUUGUCUUAAAUUAUUGAUCUAGGAACUGUAAGGUAGUUUUGUGCACUCCCAACACGUCUAUGUAUAUUAAAAUUGUAAAUUUUCACCUUAGGUUCCGACAAGUUUUUGUUUGUUUUAGUUGUGUUUGUUAUUUAGCUAUUAUGCAUCGUCGGCUCGAAACUAGAAAGUGAUUAUAACAACCAUAUAUAGAGGACUGUGGUCUAUUUAAUUUUGUUUUCGUAUUUCCUAAGUAUCCCCAUGUGUACAAAGUCGAAAUUAUUUAUUGUGUUUUUUGAAGGAUUGUCCCAGUUAGGUUUAUUAACGAGUUGUUGAAAAUAAAGUAUGUGAUUAAUAAUUUUA